AGCAACUUGUGGAGGAGAAGCGCUCAAGUUUCCUAACGCGCUUGUGAUCAGACGGACAAUCAGAACAAAGCGGCGCAAGUGGACGCCAAAUCAUGACGCGCGUCUGUGUUUGAACAAUGUGUGGAUUGUUGUUGUUAUUACUAAUAUGAGUGGCUAUGGCGUGGUGUGACCGUGGGAUUCAGAUGCUGCUGGCCACCAUCGGUGCUUUUGUGGCGUUUAGUUUGAUGAGCAUUGCGAUCGGGACCGACUAUUGGCUUUAUUCUCGGGCUUAUAUCUGUAAUGUCACCAACAUCACCACGGACGAGACGCAAACGCAACCCAAGAAGGUCCGCGGAGAUCUCACGCACUCCGGGCUGUGGAGGAUCUGUUGCAUUGAAGGUAUUAACAAAGGAAGUUGUUACCGAAUCAAUCAUUUCCCGGAUGAUAAUGAUUAUGACACAGACAGCUCAGAGUAUCUCUUACGUAUCGUGCGUGCCUCCAGUGUGUUUCCCAUCCUCAGUACCAUCCUGCUGUUGCUGGGGGGGCUGUGUGUGGGGGUGGGACGCCUCUACAGCAAGAUGAACAACAUAUUACUCAGCGCAGGAAUACUGUUUGUUGCAGCAGGUCUAAGCAACAUCAUCGGCAUAAUCGUCUACAUCUCCAGCAAUGCCGGUGACCCCAGCGACAAGCGAGACGAAGACAAGAAGAACCAGUAUAACUAUGGCUGGUCCUUCUACUUUGGAGCGCUCUCGUUCAUCGUGGCAGAAGCAGUAGCUGUUCUGGCCAUUAAUAUCUAUAUUGAAAAGAACAAAGUACGCUUCAAAGCACGGCGGGAGUUCAUCAAGUCUACCUCAUCGUCUUCACCUUAUUCUCGCAUGCCUAGUUUCCGUUACCGCCGACGGCACUCACGCUCCAGCUCUCGCUCCACGGAAGCGUCCCGCGAGGCAUCACCUGUGGGCAUGAAGCUGAUGAGCUCAGUGCCUUUAGGAGAGAUAAGCAUGUACACGUUGACAAGAGACCCCCACAAGUCAGGGACAGACAGCAACUACAGCCCUGACCAUGAUUCUGGAUUUCUCCAAGUGCACAACUGCUUUUCCAAAGAUCUUAAUGAUGGUAUAAACAGAAGGACAACACCUGUAUGAGGGUACAAAGUGGAAUGGAAGAGAUAAAGAUAUGGCCAUAAUGAACAGAUAGCCAGCGAGCUUAGUGGCCUGUGGCAGAUGCCAGUGGAAGCGAUACUCAUUGGUGAAGCCAGUAAACCAAUGGUGUUUCACAUUGGGGAAGGAGAAGCACUGUGUUCAGUAGGAUGGGAUUUGGUCUUGAAACUCAACUAACUUGAACAUGGUAAUUCUUUUUUCCUGUGUUGCUUUAUACAAAUAAAUGUACUUAACUCAUCGAGGGGCAAGACACAAAAAUGUGAAGUGGAUGGUCUUUGGACAAGGCGGCGAAGGGCUUAAAGCAUCAGUACCAUUCUCUUAAUGUAUACCACUAUGAAAUUGACUCUCAGUACAUGAGAUGGUGCUAACAUUGGCUCACAGUUGAAGCCUUCCCCUCAAUGUGUGUUCAGUUGAAACCUGAUUUGAUUACUGAAUGUCUUGCUUGUGUCAAAUGUUUGUAGCCACAGUUUUCUAG